AUGAGAACGUCGCUGCACUCGCUCUCCAUUCCUUUGAUCCAUAUCCCAGCCCCUACCCACCCCUCAUCCUCCUCCUCACCCGCCUCGUCCCCAUUCUCCUCACCCCCUCACCCUCUCUCUCACCCUCUUCGUUCUCACUCUCCCCACUCCCCUCACACUCUCACCCUGCUCUUCCCACUUCUUUCGCACUCUCCCUCCAGACAUGCUCUCUCUUGUCGCACGUGGAUCGCAGCCUCUCGUUCAUGGACCACAGCGUCGAGCACUGAUUCGAUCCUAACACCGCAUCCCGCCCCUCCCGCCUUCCCCCUUCCUCUGCCCGCUAGCUACCGGCAGCGUGCAGUGAAUCUGGACAGGGAGCUCUUCCUUUCCCAAUUCCCCACCCUCCUCCACACACACUACCACCCACACUCUCCCUUCCUCCCUCUGCCCACCAGCUACCGCCAGCGUGCAGUGAAUCUGGACAGGGCGCUCUUCCAGGAGCACAGAGGGCACAAGCUCAUGCGGGACGUGUGGCCUGCUGCCACUCGCUUCCAUGUUUUCAUGGGCUGCAACUGGAUCAAGGCGUCUCGCCCCUUCCUGCGCUAUGGGAGCCCACCUCUUGACUUCUCCGCUGCACGUUGCAACGAUCAAGGCAUCGCGCCCCUUCCUGCGCUACAUCCUAUGGGAGCCCACCGCUUGAGCCCCCGCUCCACACCCCCUCCCCCCCCUCUCCCUCCCACAGGAGCCCACCACUCGUUCCUCAUCCACUGGCCACGCCGCAUCCUCAUGUACAUGGCUGACGUCAUCGACUCAGACGAGCACUACUUCAGCACCGUCGCCUGCCCCGCGCCCCGCUUCAACCACUACCUCCUCAACGCUAGUCUCCAUUUCGCUACCUUCGCCAAGGCCCAAGGGCAGCCCAGGAACUCUGGUGUUGAAGUGUACCUAUUGAGUCUCACUAGGGUAACUCAUCACAGGGAGCUUCCAACCCUCUUUAUCCCUCCUCUGCCUUACGUAACCCCAUUCUUCCCAUCCGUCCAUACCCUCGUCUUCCCUCACCCAUCUUCCCUUCACCCCAUCUCACCUCUUCCCAUCCUUCCAUACCCCCAUCCCCCCUCACCCACCUUCCCUAUUUCCAUCCUUCUUUACACCCAUCUUCCUGUUUCCGUUUCCCCACCCUUCCUUUUCGCACCCCCCUCCUGUGCUCGCAGGGAGCUACUGCAACGGCAGCCUGACAGCAUCACCCCUGACGCCUGGUGCUCUCUCCCUGCCUUCGCUGCCUCGGGAGCUACUGCAGCGGCAGCCCGACAGCAUCACGCCAGUCACCUGGUGCUCUCUCCCUGCCUUCAGUGUUGCAUCGCCUCCCACAUCCCACUCAUCCUCCCCUAUACCCGUCCUCCAUGCUCCCCGCCCAUCCUCCCGUUCUUGCUUGCAGGGAGCUACUGCAGCGACAGCCUGACAGCAUCACGCCAGGCUCCUGGUGCUCUCUCCCUGCCUUCAGUGAUGCAUCGCCUCCCACAUCCCACUCAUCCUCCCCUAUACCCGUCCUCCAUCCUCCCCGCCCCAUCCUCCCGUUCUUGCUUGCAGGGAGCUACUGCAGCGACAGCCUGA